AUGUCAGACGCUGAGACAUAUCUGGAUGAGAAAAUAAACUCGAGUGGGGCAGUUUCAGGUCCAGACAGUCUGGAGGAUGAUUUGGAUAGGGAUGAGGUCUACUCACCUAGAGAACAGAAAAAGAUCCUGCACAAGAUCGAUCGAAGACUAGUCACUGGCUUAGGGCUUCUCAUGUGUGUCAGUUUGGUAGAUCGGACCAACCUGGGAAAUGCUAUGAUUGCUGGUCAAAGCAUGGAAAAGGAGCUUCAGCUCUAUAUUGGUUCUCGCUACUCCAUCACGCUCCUCACUUUCUUCAUUCCCUAUGUCCUAUUUCAAUUCCCAUUGAUUACGGUAAUUCGCAAGGUUGGGCCGAAGAUCUUCCUUUCUGGAAUCACAUUUUCCUGGGGCAUCGUUAUGAUGGGGUUUGGAUUCAUACAUAACUGGACUGUGCUCGUUGGGCUUCGCAUAGUCCUGGGGUUCCUUGAAGCUGGACUCUUCCCUGGCUCUGUGUAUCUCCUUUCUAUGUGGUAUACUCGAUAUGACUUACACAAGAGAUAUUCAUCAUUCUAUUUGAUUAGCGUCAUCGGGGGAGCUUUCUCCGGAAUCCUCUCGUAUGGCUUCGUACACAUGAAUGGCCUAGGGAAUUUGAGUGCAUGGAGGUGGAUCUUUGUUAUGGAAGGAAUCCUCACCUGUGUUAUCGGAGUGGUUGGCUUCUUUUUGAUUGUCAACUUCCCUAAUGAGAACAAUCUCUCCUGGAAGUUUCUUUCCAAGGAGGAAACCGCAUUUGUUGUCCGACGACUCAACCGAGACAGACGGGACUCCUCCGAAGCCCCGUUCAAUCUAAAGGAAUUCCUGAAGCCCGCUCUGGACCCCAAAAUAUGGGGCUUUGCCCUCAUAUUCUUUUCUGCCACAGUUGUGUCCUAUGCGAUCACCUUCUUCCUUCCCAUCAUUCUCAGAAGUGAGCUCAAAUUCCCCCGGGCAGCAUCGCAGGUCCUCACAACACCACCAUACUUCUUUGCCGGAAUUUUCAUGUAUGUUCAAGGCUGGAUUGGUGACAAGUACCACAUUCGCGCUCCAUUGAUUAUCUACAACUGCGCUCAAUGCAUCGUGGGUUUAGCUAUUCUCGGCUGGGUCCAAAUUCCUGGCGUGCAGUACUUCGGGAUCUUUCUCGUCACUUCCGCAUCGAAUGCGACAAUCCCAGCCGCUCUGACAUAUCAGGCAAACAAUAUCCGUGGCCAGUGGAAACGCGCCUUUUGCAGUGCUAGUAUAGUCAGCUUUGGUGGUACGGGUGGUGUAGCUGGGUCCUUAGUGUUUCGGUCGCAGGAUUCUCCCCGCUAUCUACCAGGCAUUUAUGCCUGUAUUGCGUGA